AUGACUUUCACACAAGGUCUCGUCGGCAUCAACGAAGUCACCGAGACCGUCGAGAUCCCUGUCGAAGCUGCCAAGCACAUUGCCCUCCUCGCCGACUCUCACGGUGUCCUCUUCGGCCUCGCGCAGACGAGCGGAGAUGCCAUCACGAACGGUCAGAUGGUUGUAGCAGGGAUGAAGCAGUAUGAGGAGAUGGGAUUUGAGGUCUACUGGCAGGGCGAGGGGGGAGCAAGGGGACCGGACGGACUUGUGGGUGCCGGACAUGCCGCUGCGAAGAAGGGACGACAGGCUGGAGAGGUGCAGCUGGGUCUCGACGGUCUCGUUGGGAUGGUGCCGAGCGGGUUGGUCUACGAGGCGAUUGCGCUGGGCGAGACGGCGGUUGCGCGGGGUUCAAUCGGGACAGCGGCGGCGCCAGCACAUGCUGUGGUCUCGAGGUCGGAAGGCGAAGUCACUGGCGCAGCACUCGCUCGUCAGCUGCUCGCCGAAGGGUCGCCCAUCGUCAACUUCGACGACACCAUUGACCAACCCGAACUCUGGUCAUUCUCAACCGCCUCCUCUCCCGAGGAUGAGCGUCUGUACUCGCAACAGCCGCUCUCGCCACAUCUCCCGCGACAGCUCGACCCUCGAGCCUAUCAGCUGUCGAGCGCUCAGCCUCUGGACGACCAAGAACUCGCUUCGACCGCUGCGAGUUACCUCGCCCAACCUCUUCCGCCCUUCCCCGCCCCGCGCGCAGUCCUUCGAAUCCCGGCAAGCACCAUGUCGACCCCAGCGAAUGCCCCAGUCACGCAAGACCUGCCGGCGGCGCCUCCCGCUCCUCCCCCCGCCGACUGGGCGGCGGUUCAGUCUCAACCGACGCUCAACAAUGACGAGCAGCUGGCCACCGCGAGGACGACGCAGUCAGGGACCUAUCCUCCCCCUCCAUGGCCGCUCGACCAGCACGAAGACGUCUCGUCUGCCCCCUCCCCACUUUUUCCUCAACCACCUCGCCCGGAGUCGAUCCACUCUUCCCUGCCAGUCGGUCUGCGGGGCAUCCUCGUCCUCUGCUCCGACAGCGAUGCUGUCGCGUCGUACCCGCCUGAGCUCAUCGUCGCCCGUCGGAUCUCGCGAGCGGGGACGAAGAUCUCGCUCGAGGUCUACCGAGUUGGAGCAGCAUGGCGCGCGGGAGCACAGCGCUUGAUCGAAGGCGCGUCGCGAUUGCUGGGGCAGCUCAAGUCGGCGGAUGAGCGGUAUUCUGACGAUGCAGGCGAGGAGGAUGAGCAGGCGAGGCGAGAGGGAGGGCUUAGCAGCACCCGGCUCGAGGAGCAUCCUCACUUGCGCAGGCUUGCGCGGCGAUGGAGGAGUGUGAAGGAGUUCCAGGACUGGGCGACGCGGAACGUCGAGGUUGUCUGGCGCGCUAUGCUCGUCGGCAGCGGCGCCGCCGACGAUACGACCCCUUUCCGCCCGCUGCCCAAAGGCUCGAGGUCGCCUGUUGGCCCAGCACGAUUCGCCCACCUGUCGCUCAUCCUGCGCAACAACAUUGACGACCUCUACCUCGCCUUGACGUCGAUCGGUUACGAAAGCAAGGACGGCAUCACCCGCUACGGCACCCUCGCCUCGUACACUUCGCCCGCAUCCUUCUACACCGUCUCUGAGGUACCUUCACCCUUCACCGACCAGUUCCUCCUCGACCUCUUCCGCCACUCGUCCCUUGUGCCAGCGAUACCUCCCGCCGAGCAUGCGACCCCCGCUUCCUGCUCAGCCUUUCUCAUAUCAAGCGGUACACUUCCACCUCUCGGGACUCGUUCGCUGCACCCGGCUUUCGCCAUCGGCUCUUCCCUCCCCGGCACGCUCUGCCCUCUCCCAGGCGACUUGCAACUUUGGCCGCAAGAGCUGCAUCUGAAGCGACUCGCGGGCGACAAGAUCGAUGCGAUUCAGCAGUUCGUCAGUCUGCUCUCCGAUCCAGUCGCGCGUCAGGGAGAAGCGGUGCGGGAUGUAUGGGCCAGGAUCAAGCGAGCACGGGGAAACGAGCGAGCACGGAGGACUGCGAGGGAAGAGAGGCGGAUCCUUGAUGCGAUUGACAGCGGGAUUCGGGCGGACGAGGAUGAAGAGGAGAGCCGCAUCGAGCAUGAGCCUUACGAGCAACUCGAUCCGAACUGGCUGCAUGGUGGCGAGAAGGCGGCGCAAGCGUUGCAGGCGAGGCGGCAUGGAAUUGCCAACAUCGCUACCCGUCUCCUGGCAACACCCAUCUUCCAGUUCUUCGCGCCUGAGGCAGAUUCGCCCGUCCUCGUCCAGGAGCGACAUGCGCAUAUCCGCUCGACCGACUUCGACAUCACCUUGACCCGCCUCUACUGCCCGCCCGACUGCCUCGACGCUGUCGAGACUUUUGCCGCAUGUCUUGUCGACCCGAAGUCGGUGCCGGCACUGAAUGACGAGAACAGCCUGUCUCUCGUCCGCCUCGCCGCCAAAGUGCCUUCGCAGCCGAUCUACCACUUCGUCCGCCGCAUGGCGAUGCAGGCUCGCAUUCCCUUCGCCUCGACGGCUGUCGAGCGCCUUCAUUCACUUCGUCUUGACGCAACCGCACCUCUCGAGCAGUCGAUCUUCGUGCACGACGCCCGCCUCCUCGAGCGCCUCCUUGCCCUCCCACAAGGUCGCUUCAUCAACUUCCUUCCCUCCCUCCUCGCCUUGACGACUAGCGCGGCUCCGCCGACCUACGAAGUCUUCGACGCGAACGCCUCGCGCAUGAAGGAAGCCGGCGCGGAUGUCGGAGACUGGCGGAGCCGCAUGAGGCAGCUUCUUCAGGCUCUCCUCGGUAUCGACACGAGCUCGUGGCGGCACCCUACGGCUCGGAAGCAUCGAUCCGAGGUCGAGCGACUCGUCGCCGAUUCGAGCUACCACCAGCCUCCGCUCGCACCGAACGCCGGGCCAACCGCCGUCCAAUCUGCCGCCUCUCCCGGCGCCUCUCCGAACCCCUCAUCCUCCCCCGAACCCGAGGCGCCAACUCAGCGGUCGAAGCGCAAGAAUCGUGGGUCGAAGAGUUAUGUCCUGCCGACGGCGGAGGAGCUGGACGAGCAGGAGGUGGAGGAGGAGGAGGUUGAGGAGAAUAAGGUCGCGAUCAACUACUCGGGGCGGGAGCGGAAAAAGAGGAAGCGGUAG